AUGACUACCAAAACUUGGUCACGGUUAUCACGAAACUAUGCCCGAUUGUUAGAAGAGGAUACCGAUUAUGACUUGAUUAUCCAAGUGGGCGAGGAACAGAACACACGCUCGUUCCGUGCGCAUUCGGUUAUUCUACGAGCACAGUGCAAGUAUUUCCAGGUGGCCUUAUCUAAAGAAUGGGCUAGGACGGAUGGCGAUAAAAUGGUGUUUAGUAAACCCAACACUUCGCCUGCAGUCUUUGAAAUUAUACUCAGAUACGUAUAUACUGGCAUAACCUCUUUCGAUGAGACUGACUGCGACCUCCUCCUCGAUCUCCUUUCGGCGGCGAAUGAGAUGCUCCUCCCAGAGCUAGUCGAAGACAUCGAAGAUUACUUAGUCGCCAAUGAACCUUCUUGGAUGCAAGAAAACCUUUACCGCGUCUUGGUAAUUGCUUUCGAAUACGAAUCUUGCAAGAAGCUGCAGACCUAUUGUCUGGAAACCAUCUGCGGUGAUCCAUCCUUGCUGUUUGAAUCGGAACACUUUCUCUCUCUUGAUUCGUCGAUUCUCGUAGCCUUGCUCCAACGAGACGAUUUGAGACUGGAGGAAGUGGACGUAUGGGAGUAUUUACUGAGAUGGGGAAGAGGCCAGGUUAACAGACUAAUGGAUGAGGUGUCGAAAUGGUCGGCCGAGGAGUUUACCGAGUUGGAGGACGUGUUAAGGCCGUGCAUUCCGUUAGUCAGGUUUUUCCACAUACCGCCGGGAGAGUUUAGGCAAAAGGUGUGGCCGUAUAAGGCGGUAUUACCGCAAGACUUGUAUGACGAUAUUAUGUGGUGUUAUGCUGCACCUCAGAUUAAGGUUCAAUCCAUCAUAUCACCGCCAAGACUGAAGCCCAUCGAUUCCAACAUCAUCAAGAUGAAGCACGUGGCUAUCAUUUCUAGUUGGGUCGAUAGAAAGGACGGUCCACAUUACAAUCUCGGGGAGAUUCCGUAUCAAUUCCGUCUACUCCUUCGCGGCAGUAGAGAUGGAUUCUCCAAUCGAGUAUUCCACAGUCGAUGUGAUUCCAGCGUACGCACUGUUGUUAUAGUACGCAUUCAAGAUACAGGUGAAGUGAUUGGUGGAUACAAUCCACUUAACUGGAGUUACACAUCGAGUGGCAGAACAGAAGACAGUUUUAUUUUCUCCUUUGGCGAUGGCGAGACUCAAUCCGCACCGAUUCUGAGUCGAGUGCAUCUCAAUCAUUAUGCCAUUGCCAUCGGGAGAUUCGAAGACAGAGGACCGAAUUUCGGUGGGGCGGAUCUGUGGAUGCAAGAUAAUUUUAAUCUGCCAUCUUCUCAGUGUUGGUGUAGGCAAUACGCCUAUGAGUACAAGAUCAGAGAAAAGACUGGAAACUUUGUUGUUGACGAUUAUGAAGUAUUUCAAAUUGUAGAAAAGUGA